AUGGCUAGAAGAAGUAAAAUUGAUGAAGAUAAUGAUUCUGACUUAGAUGAAGUUGAUGCCUUCAAUGCUAAUAGAGAAAAAAUCUUAUUAGACCAAGCCGGAGAAUAUGGUCGUCAGAGAGACUACGAUGAUGAUGAUUCGGAAGAAGAAGUCAUGAAUAUAGAAGACGAUAGUGAUGAUGAAGUAGAACAACAAGGCCAAUCAGAUGAUGGAGAAGAAGAAGAAGAGGAGGAGGAGGAAGAGGAUGAAGAAGAAUAUGAAGAAAAAGGAUGGGGUGGUAGAAAGAAUUAUUAUGGUGGAGAUGAAAUUAGUGAUGAUGAAGAUGAAGAUGCUAAACAAAUGACAGAAGAAGCAUUACGUCAACAAAAGAAACAUUUGCAAGAAUUACAGAUGGAUGAUUAUUUAGAUGAUGAUAUGCAAUUAGAUUGGCAAAAGAAAGCUGAUGUUUAUGAUAAUAAAGAAUCAGAAAAUAAUAAAUCAACUAUUGAAAUUCUUAAAACUGAUAAUUCAUUUGAAAAUUUAAAUGAUGAUGAUAAAUUAAAAAUUUUGAAACAAUCAUUCCCUGAAUUUAUCCCAUUAUUAAAAGAAUUUACUGAAUUAAAAUCAAAAUCUCAAGAUUUUUCCAAAAUUGAUAAAAAUGAAAUUAUAAGUAUUAAAAUUGUUGCAUUAAAUGCUUAUUUAGCAGCAUUGGCUUCAUAUUUUGCUAUAUUUAUUGAUAAUUUGAGUAACAAUAAUCAAGACGAUGCAUUUAUUUCAAUGAAGGACAAUCCAAUUAUGGAAACGAUUUUAAGUUCAAGAGAAAUUUGGAGACAAGCUAAUGAAUUACCUGAAGAUGCUGAAUUGCCUGAAAAACAAGAAGAAGAUGUUCAUGAAGAAGUAUACGAAUUCGCCUCUAGUGAUAUUGAUGAAGAUGCAUUUGUUGAUGCUAAAGAAGAACAAUCUGGUAGUGAAGAUAUUGACGAUGAUGAUGAUGAUGAUAAAGAAGAAGAAUCAGAAGAAGAUGAUAACCUUGAUAUUGAUGUUAAUACAGAAAGAAAAAUCAAACGUAUUAGUAUGAGACAUGGUGAUGAUUUCACAGAAGGCGAUAUUGAAGAUAUUGAUAUGGAAGAUAAACAACGUCGUAAGAAGACAUUAAGAUUCUAUACUUCUAAAAUUGAUAAAGCAGCCGCUAAGAAAGAACAAUUGUUUACUGGUGAUAUGGAUGUUCCAUACAAAGAAAGAUUGUUUGAAAGACAACAAAGGUUAAUCGAAGAAGCUAGACAAAGAGGUUUAGAUAAAAGAGAUAUUGACUUACCAGAUGAAGAACUUAAUAGUGCAAAUGUUGAUGAUGAUGACGAUGAUGGCUAUUAUCAAAGCGUUAAACAAAACAAAAUCCAAAAGAAACAAUCUAGAAAAUCUGCUCAUGAAGCAGCUGUUAAAGCAGCUAAAGAAGGCAAAUUGGCUGAAUUACAAGAAGGUCUUGGUGAAGAUGGUAAGAGAGCUAUUAAUUAUCAAAUUCUUAAGAACAAAGGUCUCACGCCUCAUAGAAAGAAGGAAUACAGAAACUCUAGAGUUAAAAAGAGAAAACAAUAUGAAAAGGCACAAAAGAAACUUAAAUCUGUUAGACAAGUUUAUGAUUCUAGCAAGAGUUCUGCUCCAUAUGGUGGUGAAACUACAGGUAUUAAAAAAGGUUUAUCAAGAUCUGUCAAAUUGGUUUAA